AUGGCUAAAUUAUGGAGAGGGUACCUGAGGAUAUUAGAAAAAUAUCCCACUGCUACCAUGGCUACGACAACAGGAACAUUAAUGGCUACAGGUGACAGUAUUAGUCAGCUGGCUAUAGAAAGAAAGGGAAGAAAUUAUGAUGUUAUUAGAAGUGGACGUUUUCUAGUCUUUGGUGUGUUUGUCUUUGGUCCUGUUAUCCGGGGCUGGUAUUUUAUUUUAGAUAAAAUGUACAAAGGAACGAAAAUGGCUCCAUUGAAAAUGGUAGUCACAGAUCAGUCGUUAUUUGCCCCAACAGCUACUGGUUUGUUUUUAUCAGGAAUGGGUGUUUUAAAAGGUGAAACUUUCACAGAAAUAAAAGAGAAAUUUAAACAGCUGUUUGUACCAAUCCUUAUCAGUAACUAUAAAAUAUGGCCAGCAGCUCAACUUGUUAACUUUUAUUUCAUGCCUUUACAACACAGAGUGUUGUUUGUUAACUUUGUGGCGUUGGGUUGGAACACGUAUUUAGCCUGGAAGUCUGAGAAAUAA